GGGUUCCGGGCCGUCACUGUGACCUGGCCGAGCGCGGGCCGAACGCGCGGCCCUGCCAUUGUUCGCCGGGUUCAUCUUCCCAGGAGGCCCGUCCGCGGGGCUUCGUUUGUUUUCGUUUCCCUUUCUUUUCCUGUGGAGCCUGUAAGAGCUCUCUCCGUCCCCCCGCCAUCUCCCCGGGAGCUCGCGGAGGGCUCUCCAGGCACACACUCUCCUCCAAAGGGGGAGGGAUGGACGCAAGUGAGACCCCAUAACCGCCUGGGCUGCACACGCAGGGCCCCGCUUCUCCGUCGUCAGGUUUCUCAGCCGCUCCCGGAACCUGCCGGAUCCCCCUCCAUCCCCGCGAGCAUCUGUUUAGAGGAAGCGGGCAGCGGGUCGCCAUGGCCUCGCCAUCGGCUCAGCAGCUGGAGGAGGACGACAGCCUGAGGGGCUGCGAGCUCUACGUGCAGAAGCACAGCGUCCAGCAGGUGCUCAAGGACUGCAUCGUGCAGCUUUGCAUCUCCAAGCCCGAGCGCCCCAUGAGGUUCCUCCGGGAGCACUUCGAGAAGCUGGAGAAGGAAGAAAACCGACAGAUCCUGGCGCAGCAGAAGUCGGCCUCCCAGUCGGACUCGCACGAUGAGGAAGUGUCCCCGUCGCCGCCCAACCCGGUGGUGCAAGCCCGGCACCGGCGUGGGGGAGUGAGUGCCGAGGUGUACACAGAGGAGGAUGCCGUGUCCUACGUGCGGAAGGUCAUCCCCAAGGACUACAAGACCAUGACGGCCCUGGCCAAAGCCAUCUCCAAGAACGUGCUCUUUGCUCACCUGGACGACAAUGAGAGAAGCGACAUAUUCGAUGCCAUGUUUCCCGUCACACACAUCGCUGGGGAGACCGUCAUACAGCAAGGGGAUGAAGGGGAUAACUUCUACGUAAUCGACCAAGGGGAAGUGGACGUGUAUGUGAACGGAGAGUGGGUGACCAGCAUCAGUGAAGGCGGCAGCUUCGGAGAGCUGGCCCUCAUCUACGGCACCCCCAGGGCGGCGACUGUGAAGGCCAAGACGGACCUCAAGCUCUGGGGCAUCGACCGGGACAGCUACCGGCGCAUCCUCAUGGGCAGCACGCUGAGGAAGCGCAGGAUGUACGAGGAGUUUCUCAGCAAGGUCUCCAUCCUGGUGUCCCUGGAGAAGUGGGAACGUCUGACAGUGGCUGACGCCUUGGAGCCCGUCCAGUCUGAGGACGGAGAGAAGAUCGUGGUCCAGGGGGAGCCAGGGGACGACUUCUUCAUCAUCACGGAGUGGUCUCCAGUUAAAAGUUUAAUUUGGAAGAUUGGCGCCAGAUUUCUCCACCUGGACCCGCGUGAGUCACCGUUCCCUCCCCCACCACCGCGACAGCUGGCUCUGGGCCGUAAUCCGAGGCCGCCACGCUCGGCCUGUCACUGAUGGGGGCGAGCAGCUGUGUGACCGCUAUGUCCCCCCCGCCUGGGGCUGCGCCUAGGCUGUGGGACCCUCCCAUGACACAGACCCAAAACUAUGUGAGUUUGGCUCACUUCCUACUUCCCUGGCCCUCCUGGCGGGAAGAAUUUAUGUCGCCUGCCCGGGAAAGCACAUGCUCCAGCUGCACGGUUUGCCGUCGGAGAACAGGAGCCUUCGGCGCGGCAGAGGCUGGGGAGGUUGAGUCUGAAAGCCCGCUCUGGUCGCGGUCGCGGCCGCGGCCGCAGAGGGGGUCACUGUGCCGUCCAGAGAGAGUGGUGCCAGCCUUGGGGUUGGUGCAGAGAAAGGAAGUGACAAAGGCUCAACCCCUGGUGACAUUUGGCCGACAUCGCCGGACUUGGAGCCACCUUCUUGGUUUAAAACAACAGAAGCGACUUCCCAGGCUGCUGCUGUCGGCGAGGAUGCUCCGGGUCCCGCUGGCUGGCGCCUGCCCGCCUCUGUGCCUCAGUCCACAAACAUAGUCCCGCCCUGUGACCCGCGAGUUCCGAGGGGACUUCAUCUGGGCUCCCGCAGCAGCCCCUCCUAGGAGGGCGUGCCUGCGGUUCUUCCCGGCACCUGCCUGCUGAUCACGCAGGAAAGAUCUGGAAGGCUGUGGGGUCAGCAGGACAACCACCUCGGGAGGGUCUCGAUGGCGCCAGCAACAGAGCUUUACAGUGUGCAUUUGGGAACCAGGACCUUGGUCACCUCCCAGUCCACAUCUCGGCGCUGAGCCUGGGGCGGGAGGGCCCUUGGGGUUGCAGCUGAAUGAUGGACGUGGUUCCCACCUGAGCUCCAGGGCUGGGGGUGCUUCUGCAGGAACCCCGUGGAGGGAUCCACCCACAGGCAGCAUUCCUGUCCUGGGGUGGGUGACUCAUUCAACAAUGUUUCUUGAAAGAAAGGGGGAAAACCACAGACAGAACAAAUUAUGAUUCCUGCCAGCCAGGUCUCCCCUCCAUAGACCCGAGAGGCCGCAAACCCUGCGUUUCAGCUCCUGCCCCGGCCGUGACCUCAGAGAGGUCAUCCCAAAGGCUCACGCCUGCUCCCCCCAGAAGUGAGCCCUUGGGGUGAAAGUUACCACUUGACUCAGAACAUUUCUGGGGCUUUACUCUCAGGACUUUGAGGGAACUGUGGUCCCUCGAGGUCUGUGUUUUUUUAUCUCAGAUCCUCCUGCAAAGAUAGCCAAUGUCUGGCUCAUGGUUUCUGGAAGACGUUCCAGAAUAAAGUUGCUCAUGCUGUCCAAAUGCAGCUAAACCUGCCGUCGGACGCAAGGGGUGUUGGGGUUUGCACUGGCCUGCACCGUGUUUUUUUAAAAAAACAUUUGAAUUAAUCGUCACUAUUUAAAAAUCAGGGGACUUCCCUGGUGGCACAGUCGUUAAGAAUAUGCCUGCCAAGACGCAUACCUACUAGAGAAUGGACUUGAGGACACGAGGAGGGGGGAGGGUAAGCUGGGACGAAGUGAGAGAGUGGCAUGGACAUACAUACACUACCAAAUGUAAA